GCCGCCGCCGCCAGUGCAGUGCGUUACGCGUCGCCCGUGUCGUUGGUGUUUUUUUUUUGUUUGUGCGUACGAUUUAUCGUGUGAUCAUUGCGUUUCGAUACGGUGCGAAAUUCAAAUUUUAUUCGCAGUCGUAUAAUAAACGUCGACGGGAAACCGAGUGUUGUCGUGUUUCGAUCGUAAAACAUUGAAUCAAUAACGAUAAUAAUAAUUAAUAACAGUCAAUUACCGUCGUCGCGUCGUCUGUCAGACCGCCAAAGGGUAAUUUCAUCGUUUAGUGCGCGUCCGCCGACCGCCGUCAGUGCAUCGCGUAGUUGCAGCCGGCGUCGAGUGCGUUUUACCAGUUACCGGGUAUCAAAGCGCGAAUGCGCGCGCGCGCAACACCGCCGGUCGCCGAAGCCGCAUACCGUCAUACGAUACAGUGACAGUGAUCGUCCCAGUGCUUUCAGCCUUUCAAGACUUUGCAGAGACCGGUUCACACGUUGCGCGGAAUCAUGUUCGUCGACGUGCUCAAGCGGUACUUGCUGAUCGUGUGGAACUUCUUCUUCGGACAGGCCUCUACAGAAUCGAUCAAAGACAGUCCGUCCUGCCCCAAGGAACAACCAACAGAUUUGGCUGAUGUAGUUCCACCCGUCGAAGUGGAUAGCAAUGGCGAUAACAUCGAAAACAGAGAGGACGAAGAUGACGAUAUUGAAGAGAUUUUCGAUGACGAAGACGAAGAAGGAGAGGAAUUGGAAUUAGAAGACGAGGAUGAAGUCGAAGAGGAUGAAGACGAGAAAGUACCGAUCGUAACGAAAAAACCCGAAGAUAAAGUUGUAACAAAAGACGAACCUACCAAACCCAGUGUCCCGGUCAACAAAACCGAAGAAGUCAAAGUACCGGACGUGCUACCAAAACCAAAAGACGAAGUAAAAAAACCCGAACCGCCUAAGGUCUCGGAAGAAACCGGUGAAAAAGAAAAGCCGAAAGUCGAUAUUGAUAACGCGAAAAAAUCAGAGGUUCCUGCUAAGUUAAAACCGGAAUUCGAGGCGUACGAGAGGGAAGAAGCUCCGCCCACCAAACCUGUGGCGCCUGAAAAGGACGCGUCCAAGUUCAAGUCAUCGGAGUUUGAAAUUGUGGAGAGGGAAGACAAAGACUUGCCGCCGCCAAAGCCAAAGGCUGAAUUCGAAAAUGUGAAAGGAAUGGCGGUUCCACCGCCGCCACCACCGACGUCGACGAUUAAAAGUGACCCGGCUACCGCUCCAGAUUCGGCUAAAGACAACACAAGUCGGCCAGCGGAAGUCAAAGUUGACAGUGAUGACAAAAGCGCACUGAAACCGGCGGCGUUGGAAAAGGCCGCUGCCCACGUGAAAUUUCAAGAGGACGACGACAAAAAGACUUCGGGCAAAGGCCCUGUGCCGGCGGUGGACUUUGCGACAUUGGAAAAAGGUGAAACGGUCGUCAAACCACCGGCAGCGACAACAGGUAACGCUACUGCCGGAGAUGCGGUCGAAGAUUUUUUGUCAGCCGAACAGACGCACGGCGGUCAACUCCUGAACCGCCACCAUGAAUCCAUUCAAGACCAACAGCUGGAUUACAGUGAUUCCGGCGAAGAGCUAUCGGACGACGAUAUUGAAAUCGAUUACGAAGACGACGAGGACGACGAAGAAGUGGUAGAAGUAAAGCCGCUGCCGCCCGUCGCUCGUAGCGUUUAUAAAAAGAACGACUGAACCACCGCCGUGUUUUGUUUAGUCGUCUCGGCGAGCCAUUGUAUAAAAAUAGUUAAAACACAUAUUUUUUUUCUUUUUAUAAUUGUAAAUUAAAUUAAAAAAAAAAAAAAACCCUUAUUCUUUAAAUAAUAAUAAUAAUAA